CGGCGACGCCGAGGAGGCCCCUGCCGAGGCCGGGUCUUCCAGCCCCGCGUCGCCCCCAGCCGAUGGGCGCCUCAAAGCUGCAGCCAAGCACGUCACGUUCCCGUCUGACGAGGAUAUUGUGUCCGGAGCCGUGGAGCCCAAAGACCCCUGGAGACACGCCCAGAAUGUGACCGUGGACGAGGUCAUUGGAGCCUACAAGCAGGCCUGCCUGAAGUUGAACUGCAGACAGAUCCCUAAGCUCCUCAGACAGCUCCAGGAGUUCACGGACCUGGGGCACCGCAUCGACUGUCUGGACCUGAAAGGUGAGAAGCUCGACUACAAGACCUGCGAGGCCCUAGAGGAGGUCUUCAAGAGGCUGCAGUUCAAGGUCGUGGACCUGGAGCAGACAAACCUGGAUGAAGAUGGUGCCUCGGCCCUCUUCGACAUGAUCGAGUACUAUGAGUCGGCCACCCACCUCAACAUCUCUUUCAACAAGCACAUUGGCACCCGCGGCUGGCAGGCUGCUGCCCACAUGAUGCGCAAGACCAGCUGCCUGCAGUACCUGGAUGCCCGCAGCACACCCCUGCUGGACCACUCGGCGCCCUUCGUGGCGCGCGCCCUGCGCAUCCGCAGCAGCCUGGCAGUGCUGCACCUGGAGAACGCCAGCUUGUCAGGGCGGCCCCUCAUGCUGCUCGCCACAGCCCUGAAGAUGAACAUGAACCUGCGGGAGCUGUACCUGGCCGACAACAAGCUCAACGGCCUGCAGGACUCGGCCCAGCUGGGCAACCUGCUCAAGUUCAACUGUUCCCUGCAGAUCCUGGACCUCCGCAACAACCACGUGCUGGACUCAGGUCUGGCCUACAUCUGUGAGGGUCUCAAGGAGCAGAGGAAGGGGCUGGCAACUCUGGUGCUGUGGAACAACCAGCUCACGCACACAGGCAUGGCCUUCCUGGGCAUGACGCUGCCUCACACCCAGACCCUUGAGACGCUGAACCUGGGCCACAACCCCAUCGGGAACGAGGGCGUGCGGAACCUCAAGAACGGGCUCAUCGGCAACCGCAGCGUGCUCCGCCUCGGCCUGGCCUCCACCAAGCUCACCUGCGAGGGCGCGGUGGCCGUGGCGGAGUUCAUCGCCGAGAGCCCCCGCCUCCUGAGACUGGACCUUCGGGAGAACGAGAUCAAGACGGGCGGGCUCAUGGCACUGUCCUUGGCCCUCAAGGUGAACCACUCACUGCUGCGCCUGGACCUCGACCGCGAGCCCAAGAAGGAGGCGGUCAAGAGCUUCAUCGAGACGCAGAAGGCGCUGCUGGCCGGGAUCCAGAACGGCUGGCUGCAGCUGUCGGCCUCCAUGCCCGAGAUCACUGUCACUGAGCCCCAGCCCGACGACGAACCCGGGCCCGAGGGGCAUGAGCAGCCUGCGGACGAGCCCCAUGCUGGGGCGCAGAACGGGGCUCCAGGCCCUGGGCCCAGCCCCGACUCAGACUCGGACUCAGACUCAGACUCGGACGAGGAGGAUGAGGAAGAAGAGGAUGGGGGAAAGGAUGAGGCCAGCGUUGACCAGAGUCCCUUGGCCCCCUGCCCUGUCCUGGUGCCCCCCACAGACUCCCGAGGCCCUGGGGACAGGAGCCCCCCAGGCAGCCCCUCCUCCCCAACUGAGCAGCGGAUUUCUGUGUCCAGCCCAGGCCGGGGCCACAAGGUGUUUGUGGUGACCCGGGUGGAAAGUCCACCUGAGAGGCCGGAGCCCCCCCGGCCCCCCGUCUCUGUGUCCUCCCCCUCCCCCAUCUUGUCCUCCCCUCCCUCUCCACCUGCUUCCCCUGUCCCACCACCAGCUGAGGCUGUUGACACCCAGGACCCACAGUCAUCCGAGCCUCAGCCACAGCCGGAGCCGCCUCAGUCAGGGCCACCACUGCCCAAUGGCCUGAAGCCCGAGUUUGCUCUGGCACUGCCCCCAGAGCCACCCCCUGGGCCUGAGGCCAAGGCGGGCAGCUGCGGCCUGGAACACGAACUGAGCUGCUCCGAGAACGCGAAGGAGCUCGAGGAGCUGCUUCUGGAAGCCAGUCAGGAAUCUGGGCAGGAGACACUGUGACACUUUAGUUCCUUUUUUCCGGUCGGUCUUCGAUGGACUGAGGCCAGAGCCAUGAGAAUCUGCUCACCCUCACCCCCAGCUUUCCUGAGGCCAAGGACGCCAGGGGUGUGGGGGCCAUUCUGGGGACCCCCGCCCCCACAGCAACACUACAAGGGGUGCAGGAGCUACGGGGAGUGGUCCUCCCUGUCCUGACUGAGCACUUCUAUUUGUGUGUCCACUACUCGAAGACUCGGCUGGGGGUGGAUGGGAGGACGAGGAGGGGCGGCCUCCAAGGACUUCGGGCCGCGCGACUGGACUCCUGUUCUGGAGAGGCCUGUGGGGCCAGGUCUGCCCUACUGAGGGCAGGAGUCCAGGGUGGUGGUGGGAUGGGCCCAGGGCCGAGAGUGGGACCAGGCAGGAGGCAAAGCGAGGGAGGGUAGCAAGUGGUGGUGGAGAUUGGCGGGACAGCCCCAGGCAGGGGGAAGGCCGGGCCGGGUGGGGUGGGAGUAGAGGGUCAGAGCUUUCUUUCUCUUAAGUGCAAUAAAUCUAUCAGGGAGCUGGGGUGGGAGUAGCUGCAGGUCUGGGGGACUGCUGUCCAGGCCACUUGCGGCUGCACCCUGAGAGGCACUACAACCCACGGGCGGGCGGUGUGGGUGGGCACAGGGCUGGGCAGGGGCUCCUCCUGUCGGUGCAACAAUGUUCACACCUUUUCAGAUAAACCGGGGCUGGGUUCACCA